AUGAGCACAUCAACUUCUUAUGGUGAAGCUUGUUUUCUAGCUUUCAUUAUCUUGUAUGCUCAGCUGGUUUCAUCACCAAAUAAUGUUUUUGCUUCUGCCAGUUCUAGUUUUAGUUCCAGUGAAGCAGAGGCCCUUCUAGAAUGGAAAGACAGUUUUCAAAACCUAACUCGGAAUAAUCUGACCUCAUGGUAUUACAUUCCCAGUAAUUCCACCAAUCCAAAAGAAACUACAAGUCCAUGCAAUGUUUGGACAGGCAUUUCAUGCAACACUGCAGGAAGUGUAUACAGGAUAAACCUCACCAAUUAUGGUAUUCAAGGUACGCUUCAUGAUCUAUCAUUCUCGUCCUUCCCUAAUCUUGAAUGCCUUGAACUUGGCUUCAAUGAACUCCAUGAUGUCAUCCCACCUCAGAUUAGUUCCCUCUCCAAACUCAUCUAUCUUGAUCUGUCUAGGAAUCACUUUUCCGGUCAUAUCCCACCAGAAAUUGGUCUUCUAAAAAAUCUUGAGGUCCUUCACUUAAAUGAAAACCAAUUAAAUGGCUUAAUUCCUGACGAGAUUAGUCACAUUAAGUCUCUUUCUGAUCUUGCUCUGAGCCAGAACAUUCUAGAAGGUAGGAUCCCGGCUUCUCUGGGUAAUUUAAACAACCUGACAUCAUUAUACCUCCAUGAAAACCAACUUUCUGGUUCUAUACCUGCUUCUCUAAGCAAUUUGAUCAACCUGAACACUUUGAAUGUACAAGUAAAUCAACUUUCUGGCUCAAUCCCACCCUCAUUAGGUGAUCUGACAAAUCUUACCUCUCUGUAUCUGUAUCGAAAUAACCUAUCUGGAACCAUUCCUGAACAAAUUGGGAACUUGAAAUCAAUUGUGGAGCUAGAGUUGGGUCAGAAUCAACUCAAUGGUUCCAUUCCCCCUUCAAUUGGUGGCUCGAGUAAAUUAGUUGUCUUGAAACUCAGUGAUAACGAACUUUCUGGCUCCAUCCCCCAAGAGAUAGGGAAUCUAAGGAAGUUGACUGUCCACUCCCCAAAGGCUUGA